AGAUGGCGACCGAGGUGGACACCAUGGAGGUGCAGCAGAACAACAACGGCCCCUGGGAGGGUCCCGACCCCACGGCCACCGCCAAGCUCUUCGAGUGCUCCCGCAUCAAAGCCUUGGCUGACGAGCGGGACGCGGUGCAGAAGAAGACCUUCACCAAGUGGGUCAACGCGCACCUCGCCCGCGCCUCGUGCCGCGUCGGGGACCUCUACGCCGACCUCCGCGACGGCUACGUCCUCACCCGCCUCCUCGAGGUGCUCUCCGGGGAGCAGCUGCCCAAGCCGACGCGGGGCCGGAUGCGGAUCCACUCUCUGGAGAACGUGGACAAGGCGCUGCAGUUCCUCAAGGAGCAACGGGUGCACCUGGAGAACGUGGGCUCGCACGACAUCGUGGACGGCAACCACCGCCUGACCCUCGGCCUCAUCUGGACCAUCAUCCUCCGCUUCCAGAUCCAGGUGAUCAAGAUCAAGACCGAGGACAACCGCGAGACACGCUCGGCCAAGGACGCGCUGCUGCUCUGGUGCCAGAUGAAGACAGCAGGGUACCCUGAGGUGAACAUCCAGAACUUCACCACCAGCUGGAGGGACGGGCUGGCCUUCAACGCGCUCAUCCACAAGCACAGGCCGGAUCUCAUCGACUUCCACAAGCUGACCAAGUCCAACGCUACCUACAACCUGCAGCAAGCCUUCAACACAGCCGAGCAGCAGCUGGGGCUCAGCAAGCUGCUGGACCCCGAGGAUGUCAACAUGGAGGACCCUGACGAGAAGUCCAUCAUCACCUACGUGGUCUCCUUCUACCACUACUUCUCCAAGAUGAAAGCGCUGGCCGUGGAGGGGAAGCGCAUCGGGAAGGUGCUGGAUCAGGCCAUGGAGAUUGAGGCCAUCAUCGAGCGGUACGAGGCACUGGCGGCCGAGCUGCUGGCCUGGGUGCAGCACACCGUCACCAUCAUCAGCAACCAGAAGUUUGCCAACUCCCUCACCGGGGUGCAGCAGCAGCUCCAGGCCUUCACCGCCUUCUGCACCCUGGAGAAACCCGUCAAGUUCCAGGAGAAGGGGAACCUGGAGGUGCUGCUCUUCACCAUCCAGAGCAAGCUGCGGGCCACCAACCGCAAGCUCUACGUCCCCAGCGAGGGCAAGAGCAUCUCCGACAUCAACAAGGCUUGGAGCUGCCUGGAGAAGGCAGAGCACGAGCGGGAGGUGUCGCUGCGCAACGAGCUGAUCCGGCAGGAGAAGCUGGAGCUGCUGGCCCAACGCUUCGACCACAAGGCGGCCAUGCGGGAGACGUGGCUGAACGAGAACCAGCGGCUGGUGUCGCAGGACAACUUUGGCUACGACCUGCCGGCGGUGGAGGCGGCCAUGAAGAAGCACGAGGCCAUCGAGGCUGACAUCUCCUCCUACCAGGAGCGCAUCCAGGUGGUGGUGGAGCUGGCUCUGGAGAUGGAGUCCGAGGGCUACUACGACACCAAGCGCAUCAGCGCGCAGAAGGACAACAUCCUGCGGCAGUGGGGGCUGCUGACCGAGCUGGUCCGCGCCCGCCGUGCCCGCCUCGAGCAGAACUUGGCCCUGCAGAAGAUAUUCCAGGAGAUGGUCUACAUGAUCGACUGGAUGGAGGAGAUGCAGGUGCUGCUGGUCUCCAAGGACUUGGGGAAGCACCUGCUGGAGGUGGAGGACCUGCUGCAGAAGCAUGGGCUGCUGGAGGCCGACAUUUCUGCCCAGACCGAGCGGGUUCAGGCACUCAAUGCCGCCGCGCUCAAGUUCUCGGAGCUGGAGGGCUACCAGCCCUGCGACCCUCAGAUCAUCUGCAACCGGGUGAACCACGUCCAGACGUGCCUGGAGGAGCUGGGGGAGAUGGCGGCCAAGAGGCGCAAGGAGCUGGAGGACUCGCGCCAGCUCUGGGCCUUUUUCCAGGAGAUGGAGGAGGCCGAGGCAUGGAUCCGCGAGAAGGAGCAGAUCUUGGCCGCCAAGACGUGUGGCCGGGACCUGAGCAGCGUGCUGACGCUGACCACCAAGCACAAGAGCAUGUUGGGCGAGCUGGGCAGUCGGCGGGCGCUGCUGCACCAGACCAUGAAGCGGGGCGAGCAGAUCCUGGCCAAGAAGAGGUUCAGCCCCAGCGGGAUCCAGGAGAAGAUCCGAGAAGUCCGCCUGCGCUGGAAGAAGCUGGAGGAGGUGACGGGGCUGCACCAGCAGCGGCUGCAGGAGGCCCUCAACUUCUUUCAGUUCAGCGCCGAGACGGACGACCUGGUGGCCUGGCUGCAGGACACCUACCGCAUCGUCUCCAGCGAUGACUUUGGCCACGACGACUACUCCACCCAAGCACUGCUGCGGAAGCACCGGGCGGUGGUGGAGGAGGUGGAGAAGCACCGGGCAGCCGUGGUGGCCCUCCGUAAGCAGCUGGCGCUGCUGGCGCCCGAGCACCGCCAAGGGGUGGACGUGCAGAUCCGUGUGGUGGAGGUGGAGCAGCUCUACGGGGAGGUGGCCGAGGUGGCCGUGCUGCGGCAGCAGUGGCUGCAGGACGCCCUGGCCGUCUACCGCAUGUUCAGCGAGGUGCAUGCCUGCGAGGUCUGGGUGGACGAGAAGGAGCAGUGGUUGGAGAGGAUGGAGGUGCCGGAGGAGCUGGAUGAGGUUGAGGUGGUGCAGCACAGGUUUGAGAGCCUGGACCAGGAGAUGAACAGCGUGAUGGGCCGCAUCCUGGACGUCAACCAGGUGGUGCAGCAGCUGGUGGAAGGAGGCCACCCCAGCUCGGAGGAGGUCCGCGCCUGCCAGGACCACCUCAACAGCAGGUGGAACCGGGUGGUGGAGCUGGUGGAGCACAAGAAGGGGCAGCUCAGCUCGGUGCUGAAGAUCCAGAACUAUCUGCUGGAGUGCGCCGAGAUGAAGGCGCAGGUGCGGGAGAAGCGGAAAGCCAUUGAGGCCACGCAGUCGGGCGGCGGCGACCUGGGCGGCGUGCUGGCCUUGCAGCGGCGCCUCUCCACCAUGGAGGCCGCGCUGGUGGUGCUGGAGCCCAGGCUGGUGGAGCUGCAGCGGGAGGGUGAAGCCUUGGCUGCGGACCACCCGGGGCGGGCCAUGGAGGUCCUGCUGCCCUUCGAGGAGAUCAGUGAGGAGUGGGAGGCCCUGAAGCGGGCGCUGCAGGGCUGCGAGGACUCGCUCAGCGUCGCCGGGCGCUUGCAGCAGUUCAUCCAAGACCUGGACAACUUCUUGGGGUGGUUGGUGAAGACCCAAGCGGCGGUGGCCAACGAGGAGGUGCCGGGCAGCUUGGCUGAGGCGGAGAGGCUGCUGAACCAACACGCAGCCCUCAAGGAGGAGAUCAAUGGCUACGAGGAGGACUACACCAAGAUCCAGGCGGCCAGCGACCUCCUGGCGCUGGAGGAGGCCGAGGUCCCCUACCUCUCGCUCCAGCAGUGGCUGCAGAAGCUGGACGCGGGCUGGGGGAAGCUUCUGCAGAGCUGGGAGGCUCGCCGGGAGGUGCUGGUGCAGGCGCACGUCUUCCACCUCUUCCUCCGUGAUGUCAAGCAGUGCGAGGCCAGCCUGUACAACCAGGAGUCCACGCUGGCCCACGCCGAGCUCCCCGACACGGUGGAGGCUGUGGCCAACGCCAUCAAGAAGCACCGGGACUUCACCACCUCCAUGGAGCUCGGCCUCCACAAGGUCCAGCUGGCCCUCCAGGCCGGCGAGAGCCUCCAGCGCCAGGGCAACCUCUACAGCGCCCGCGUGGCGGAGGCCAUGGACUCCCUCCGCACCAAGAGCCACCGCAACGCCGAGCUGGCGCAGGAGUGGAUGCAGCGCCUGCAGGACCACCUGGAGCUGCAGCAGUUCCUGCAGGACUGCCACGAGCUGGACGGUUGGGUCGGGGAGAAGGUGGCGAUGGCGCAGGAUCCGGCCCCGGAGCAGCGACCCCAUAAACGUUGGCUCCAGCACCAGGCGUUUAUGGCCGAGCUGGCGCAGAACCGGGAGUGGCUGCAGCGCAUCGAGGAGGAAGGCCAGCAGCUCCUGCAGGCCAAGCCGGCCCUGGCGGGGGCCGUGGCCCCGCAGCUGGCGGUGGUGCGGCGGCGCUGGCAGGAGCUGGAGAGCGCGGCCCAGGCACGGGGGCAGCGGCUGCGGGCGGCGGGCGCUGCCGAGCGGUUGCAGCGCGGCUACGCCGAGCUCGACCAGCGCCUGGCCCGCCUGGAGGAGCAGCUACGGGCGGCCGGGGGGGCCCAGCCCGCCGCCAUCGGCACCCAGCUCCGGAGAUUGCAGACGAUGGAGACGCAGGUGGAGGAGUGGUGCAAGGAGGUGGGCGAGCUGCAGGCGCAGGCGGCCGCGCUGCCCCCCGAGGCCCCCGGCGCGGAGGCGGUGGGCGAGCGGCAGAGCGCGGUGGGCACCCGCAUCGUCCGCCUGAUCGAGCCCCUCAAGGAGCGCCGCAGGAUCCUGCUGGCCGCCAAGGAGGUGCACCAGGUCAGCCACGAGCUGGAGGACGAGGUGCUCUGGGUCCAGGACCGCCUGCCCCUGGCCACGCAGCAGGACCUGGGCACCAACCUGCAGACCGUGCAGCAGCUCAUCAAAAAGAACCAGAACCUCCGCCGGGAGAUCCAGGUGCACCGUCCCCGCGUGGACGAGGUGCUGGAGCGCGCGGCGGCCGUGGCCUCCAUCAAGAGCCCCGAGGCCGAGGGGGUGCGGAGGCUGCUGGAGCACCUGGGGGGGGCCUGGGGGGAGCUGCAGGAGCAGGCGGAGCGGCGGCAGCAGGCGCUGGACGCCGCCUUCCAGCUGGAGCAGUACUACUUCGACGUGGCCGAGGUGGAGUCGUGGCUGGGCGAGCAGGAGCUGCUGCUGAUGAGCGAGGAGAAGGGCAAGGAUGAGCAGAGCACCCUGCAGCUGCUGAAGAAGCACCUGCAGACGGAGCAGACGGUGGAGAACUACGAGGAGAGCAUCGCCCAGCUCUCGCGCCAGUGCCGAGCCCUGCUGGAGCUGGGGCACCCCCAGAGCGAGCAGGUGAGCCGGCGGCAGUCGCAGGUUGACCGGCUGUACGUGUCUCUGAAGGAGCUGGUGGAGGAGCGCAAGGGCAAGCUGGAGCAGCAGUAUUGGCUCUACCAGCUCGGCCGCGAGGUGGGCGAGCUGGAGCACUGGAUCGCCGAGAAGGAGGUGGUGGCCGGCUCGCCCGAGCUGGGGCAGGACUACGAGCACGUCACGCUGCUGCAGGAGAAGUUCCUGGAGUUCGCCAGCGAGACGGGCAGCGUGGGGCAGGAGCGCAUCUCGGCCGUCAACCAGAUGGUGGACGAGCUGAUCGACUACGGCCACGCCGACGCUGCCACCAUCGCCGAGUGGAAGGACGGCGUCAACGAGGCCUGGGCCGACCUCCUGGAGCUGAUGGAGACGCGGGCGCAGCUCCUGGCUGCCUCCCACGAGCUCCACAAGUUCUUCAGCGACUGCAAGGAGCUUUUGGGGCAGAUCGAGGAGAAACGGCGGCGCCUCCCCGAGCUGGCGGCCAAGGAAGCGCCGCGAGCCUCAGCCGGAGCCUUGCAGCGGGCGCUGGGUGCCUUCGAGCACGACGUGGAGGUGCUGGUGGGCCAAAUCCGGCAGCUCCAGGAGGGGGCGGCGCAGCUGAGGACCGUCUACGCCGGGGACAACGCCGAGGCCAUCGCCAGCCGGGAGCAGGAGGUGCUGAGCGCCUGGAAGGAGCUGCUGGGCGCCUGCGAGGAGUGCCGGCUGCACGUGGCCAGCGCCGCCGACCGCGUCCGCUUCGCCGGCACCGUGCGCGACCUGGUGUCCUGGAUGGACGGCGUGCUCUGCCAGAUCGGCGCCGGAGAGAAGCCCAGGGACGUCUCCUCGGUGGAGGUGCUGAUGAACUUCCACCAGGGCUUGAAGAGCGAGAUGGAAGCCCGCAGCAAGAGCAUCACCGCCUGCCUGGAGCUGGGCAAGACCCUCAUCCUCGCCAAGAGCCCCGCGGCCGACGAGAUCAAAGCCCUGGCGGAGAAGCUGCUGGCGAAGAAGAAGGAGCUGGCGGAGAAGUGGGACAAGCACUGGGAGUGGUUGCAGCAAAUGCUGGAGGUCCACCAGUUCGCCCAGGAGGCGGUGGUGGCCGACGCGUGGCUGACGGCGCAGGAGCCGCUGCUGAAGAGCCAGGAGCUGGGCAGCAGCGUGGACGAGGUGGAGCAGCUGAUCCGGCGCCACGAAGCCUUCCGCAAGGCGGCCGCCGCCUGGGAGGAGCGCUUCAGCUCCCUGCGCCGCCUCACCACGCUGGAGAAGCUGAAAGCGGAGCAGAGCAAGCAGCCAGCCACGCCGCUUUUGGGGCGCAAAUUUUUGGGAGAACCCCCAGCACCCUCGCGCCCCGGGGCGGAUGAACAUCCCGAAACCCCCCGCGCCCGGCCGGAGCCCCGUGUUGCCUACGUGCGGCAGGAGCUGCGUCCCGAGAGGCUCCAGCCCAAGCUGGACCGGGUGCGGGAGGGGGAUGGCGACACCCCCCCCGCCACCCCCGCUGCCGUCACCACCGAGGCGCCGGUGGCACCCAAGGGUGAUGGUGGUGGUGGGGACAUCGGGGAGGGGAAGACGGGGCUGCUGGAGCGGCGGAGGGAGAGGAGAGAGCGGAGGAUGGAGAGGCAGGAGUCCAGCGAGCAGGAGGGGCCCCGGCAUGGGGACAAGCUCACCCCGUCCCCUCUCCCCACCAGCAAAGCCACCCUGGCCGACAUUGUGGAGCAGCUCCAGGAGAAGGAAGCCACCGCCCCCUCCCCAGCACUGGUGAGCGCCCCCCGGGACCGCGAGUCCCCCGGCCGCCUCCCCAACGGUGUCGAGGUCCUACCAGAGAGGACCCCGCGACCGGACCGGCCCCGUGCCCGCGACCGCCCCAAACCCCGUCGGCGCCCCCGGCCCAAGGAGCCCGGCCAGGGGGGGCCGGGGGAGGCCCGGAGGUCGAGGUCGGCCCCCGCCCAGAGCAGCGUCCCCCCGCCGCCACCCCCCAGCCACACGGUGCAGCACGAGGGGUUCCUCUUCCGCAAGCACGAGCUGGAUGGGCCCAACAAGAAGGCAUCCAACAGGUCCUGGGUGAACCUCUACUGCGUGCUGAGCAAGGGUGACCUGGCCUUCUACAAGGACGCCAAGGGCCCGGCGAGUGGCAGCACCCAUGGGGGCGAGCCCCCCCUCAGCCUCCACCAGGCCAUCAGCGAGGUGGCCGCUGACUACAAGAAGAAGAAGAACGUCUUCAAGCUGCGGACCGGUGACGGCAGCGAGUUCCUGCUGCAGGCCAAGGAUGAG